GGAGGCCUCUUCUUCCUUGCUUUGAUGGGCUCCAGGAAAACUUUCCACCUCCCCCCUUCUCUUUUGCUAUCGCCAGCUCCGGCACCCCCUUUAUCCCUGCCUACUCUCUUGUUUCUGCACGCCCCCCCAAUCUCCGCCCUGCAUGAUUCCUGCAUGCCCCAUCCAACCCCCUUCUCUCCCUUUGCACACUUUUCCUGAUCUUUCUCUUUGAACUGCUGCUGUGCUGCCUCCCCUCUCUGGCUUGCACCCCCUUCCUGUGGCUGGCUUCCUUCCCUCACUCCUCUUUUCCUGUUUUGAUCCUGCACCAAUCCUGUACCCAAGCCUGCCUUUGCUGGUGGCCGGGCAGUGCCCCCUUCUGCCAGCUGUUCUCCGUCUCAGCCCUGCCUUCUGAGGCUUGCCCCUUUCACGGCUCAUGCCGCUGCUGUCUGGAAACCUUCUUCCCCUCUUGGGUCGGGGCUGUCCCUGCUCCCUGUGGUGAAACAGGCGAUUCCGCUCAGCCGCCCCAUCUGGACAGAAUGCUGAGCCCCACUUACAAGCAACGCAACGAGGACUUCCGCAGGAUCUUCAAGGGGCUGCCGGAAGCCGAACGACUCCUUGUGGAUUACUCCUGCGCGUUGCAGCGUGAUAUCUUACUUCAGGGGCGGCUCUACCUAUCGGAGAACUGGAUCUGUUUUUACAGCAACAUCUUCCGAUGGGAAACCACGAUCUCCAUCCAGCUCAAGGAGGUGAAAUAUAUCAAGAAGGAGAAGACGGCAAAGCUGAUCCCCAACGCCAUUCAAAUCUGCACAGAAAACGAGAAGCAUUUCUUCACAUCGUUCGGGGCCCGUGAUCGCUCCUUUAUGCUGAUCUUCCGCCUCUGGCAGAAUGCACUUCUAGAAAAGACACUGUCGCCCCGGGAGCUCUGGCACAUCGUCCACCAAUGCUACGGCUCCGAGCUUGGCCUCACCAGCGAAGAUGACGAUUACGUCUCUCCCAUUGAUGAGAUCAACGGCUUGGGAAGCCCCAAAGAGAUUGGGGACGUCAUCGACCUCAGUGACUUGACUUCUCGCUGCAGCACAGACCUCAAGCUGGAUUCCAGUCCCCUGUUGGACAAAAGGGACACCAGUCAGAGCAUCAACUCGCUGGCCAGCAGUAGCGAUGGGACCACCUCGCUGGCAGAGGACCCAGAGGAAAACACGGACAGCCAGGUAGAUGCCUCGUCCAGCCACACAGUGACCUCAACAACGGAACCCCUCAGAGAAGACAUCCCACCAGGGCCACUGGCACCCCCCCUGGAGGGGGACCCGGUUCCCAGCGAGGAGCUUCCUACUGACAUGAGCAAUUCCUCCUCUUCCACACAGGAUGAAGCCGAAGUGGAUGCCUUCUUCUCGGACCUGCCAGGGCGGCUCCUCAUUAACGCCGUUUACCACAUGGGAGCGGAGAGGCUUCAGCAGAUGCUCUUCAGUGAUUCCCCGUUCAUACAUAAUUUUUUCAACCAGCGCAAGUUCACAGAUGUGAGGCUGACUUCGUGGAAUGGCGACAACAAGUGCCACCAAAGUCGGGUCAUGUCCUACACCAUCCCCAUCACCAACCCUCUGGGACCCAAGGCUGCCACCGUGGUGGAGACUCAGACUCUGUUCCGUGCCAGUUCAAAAAACGGGAGUUGCGUGGUCGACUCUGAAGUGAUAACGCAAGGCAUCCCCUACCAGGACUACUUCUACACGGCGCAUCGGUACUGCAUCACUUCGGUGGCUAAGAGCAAAGCACGGCUCAGAGUCUCCUCUGAAAUUCGGUAUCGGAAACAGCCUUGGAACCUAGUGAAAGCACUCAUCGAAAAAAAUGCUUGGAGUGGGGUUGAAGAAUACUUUCAGCACUUGGAAUUGGCCCUGGUCCAGGCAGAGAAGGCCUUGCUAGAAGAGAGCUGCCAUGGAAAGGAGCCGAGGGGGCUGUUGUCUGGGCUGCGCCGCCGAAAACGCACACUGAGCUGGAGAGCCCCCCAUGCUGAGCCCACAAUCCCCACGUUACCCGACGGCGAGGGGACGUCCCACGCCAUGCAUCCUUCAGGCAGCCUGACCUCGAGGCUUUCCGAGCAGUUGUCAGAGCAAGUGCAGGGCCAGAGCGUCUCCACUGUGAUCCUCAUCAUCAGCUUGGUCUUGGUGGUUCUGGUUAUCCUUAAUAUGAUGCUGUUCUACCGGCUCUGGUCAUUGGAGCAUACAGCCCGAACCUUUGAAUCCUGGCAGACGUUUGCACUCUCUAAUGGGAAGGUACCCCAGACGGCGUCAGAAUGGGCUGAGAUCCUGGAGCUGCAGAAGCGGUUUCACAGCGUGGAGGUGCAGAAGUGGAAACAGAUCCUGAAGGCCUCCGUGGAGCUUCUGGACGAGAUGAAGGUCUCCCUCGAGAAGCUGCACCAGGGCAUCACCGUGGCUGAUCCACCGUUGGAGCCGGAGUGAAACCAUGUCGACUUCCCUCCCUGGAGGGUGUUGCUGGGGUUUGGGAGAAGAGACCUUAGGCCUGCUGGGCUCGAGAACUGACUUGAAAAUGGCUGAUGGAUCGGAGGAACCCAGAUCCGAUGGGUGUGUGUCGGGGGGGAGGAUGGUGCCUCUGUAAUCCUGGCCCUGUCAUCCUCUGGACCCUUAUCCUCAAAGAGUGCCACUGACAAUGAUGGAUUCCCCCCUGCCUGUAUCUGGGAUCCUUUGGUCCAGAUUUCCUUUCUUUCUCUCUCCUUCUCUCUCUGAGGAUCCUCGCAGUGACCAGUUUAUCCCCAUCCCUAUUUAUCCCCUAUUUAUAUUCCUCACAGGACCUCAGAGGCUCUUCUGAACUUUGUUGUUCCCUCGAACUCUUCUUUCCAGCCGUUGUUCUGAGAAUGGUGUGUGUGAGAACAAAAGGGGCAGGAUCCAAUCCCCAGGUCUAGCUCUCAUGUUAAGAUUUCACUCGACAGCUGGGACAAAAGCAGGCUCAUUUACUUCCAUGUCGCAGGUGACCGAGGAUCUGCCUCUGUGCCUCUCUUUUUUUCCUCACAUGUACGCCAGGCACCCAGACCUGCAGCCUCUGCAAGCAAACUGGGGCGUGGGUAUGUGUGGGUUUGGAUUCUUUCCUGGAUUCUCCCUCUUGCUGCUCCUGAGGAAGGGUGUGUGUAUCUUUUUCUUAAAAAGGGGUCUGCUCAAAAAAAGGGUACCUCCGAGAAAAAUGAAAUUAGACGUGGCCCAUAAGGUUACAUUUUCUUGUGCAAGGAAGGGCGGGGGGGGGGGGGUCAGGGACGAAUGUAUCUGGAGCCUGGGCUCAGCAGGAAAAGCAGCCAGGCUGCCUGUGUUAGCUGCAGGCCAUGCCCAGCGACAGUUUCGUUCACAUGGGCCCACGCCAUGAAUGGUACUGAGCCUAAGCCUGUUCCAGGCCACGCAAUUCAGAGCGAAAGGUACCUGGACUUUUGGAAGUGUCUGCUUUGCUGGGUCCACAUCACCCCCCUCCCCUCCCUUGUUUCAUAAGCAAAACGAAAAGGGCUGAAUUGAGUAUUUGGGAAGGAGGAUAUCGUUUGUGCCGUGAGUGCAGAAUGGCGGCUGGGAAUCAGGAGUACUGAGGCGGGGGGGGGGGGGGUUGGCUCUGAUGUUCCUAGAAUUCCAGGAUUUCCUUUGUCUAACAAGACUCCUUCCAUGCCCGUCUCCCCAGGCACCAAUGAACCUCACUUUCCUUAAGCAUCGCCGUACUGUCACUUUAAAAUGAGGUUUCACUGCCAGUCGGGGCCCAUGGCCCUUCACAUACUGCCGAGGGAGGGGAGAUGUCCCUGUCUUGAAAUCUGCCCCCUCCUGGGGAGGGGCGCAUGUCUGCCUGACCUCUGUUCUCUGUCCCAGAGGGCUCCAGAGACCCAAGUGUCUGACCCCCCCCGCUUCCCUUCUUCUCUUCUCUCCACCAAGGUUGCGGUGGGGCUGUCCCCCCGUUUUGUAGCUGUGUUCAGUGUUCAGUGUUAAUGAUCCUGCACCCUCAAGGUUCCAGAGGGGCUGGGGCAUAUUUAUUAGGGAGCUGAAUAAAGACCGUGGAUCGGAGA